CCAGUUAUCUCAGUUGCCUAUAGUAACCAGCUUUUCAGUGAUUGGUUCCAAUAGACGCCGGUAUCCUAUAGUGACCAAUCACAUAGCAGUAACCAAAAAUGAAACCCGCACUGUGAUUGGUUGCUAUGGGCAACCCAAACAGUUUUGUUUUUUGAAGCAGUUUUUUAACCCUUUGGCCCUGUGCGUGAUCGUGCAGCUUACGGCCGGUAUUAACUGAUUUGAACCGUCUGAAUUAUGAGUGGAAGUAGGUGUCGCUAUAGCUCGCCCAUACUUUGCCCUCACGUCUGUGCGUAGUGACGUCAUCCCGCUGAGCCGCCCUAGCUUAGAGGUGCUGGAAGUUACGUCAGGGCGGGUCUUCGGAGUGCGCUCUCUCCACGCUUGUAGCUGUGCGCCAGUCCCGGUUUGUCCGCGUUUUCUCCGGUGCGGCUGUCCAGGAACGUGCGGAGGGAUAUACAAGGACUCCUGAAGAUAAGUACAAGGCCCCGGGCGCCAUCUUUAAUCUGUGUCACCAUAGUUACCCCUGAGGCCCAGGGCGGGUUCUCCUCUUCCCACCUGACCAGGUACCUUCAGGGUCCCUGUACCUUUCAAUAUGGCCGGUAUACAACCCUACAGAUACCCAGAGAGCACCUACAUGCCUGGAGACAGUAGGGCUGCCAACCUGGCGCCGACCUAUAGAUAUCCUGUAAGCAAUAUGGCUUCUGGCAUAAGACAACACUUCUGGCAUUCUGAAUCUCUAUGCGGUCCACAGGCUGCAAACAACAUGGCCAUCCCAGGCCAGCAGUAUAGCCCUGGGCCUAUGAACUACUACUACCCACGUCUUGACAUUGGCACUACAGAACCUAUCCUGAUCACCCAGGUAUUGGCACCCUAUUGCUUCUCUUGUCAGCUGAGGAGCAUGUCCCAUGAAGCUCAGAGGCUGUCGGAGAGCAUGCAGCAUUAUUACCAGGUCCAGAAGAGUUAUGGAGAGCUAGGGCCGCAACCGGCUUUAACCGCGGGUCAACCAUGUGCAUCCAUGGGUGCGGACGGCAGGUGGUACCGUUCAUUGCUGCAAGGGCUCUUUGUGGACAAGCCGCUGGCUACUGUCAUCCACGUGGACUGGGGAGGACGGGAGAUUGUCCCGCUGAGCAGGUUAAGACACCUCGCCGAGGAGUUUUUACGUUUGCCGGUGGUCACUUUCCCAUGCGCUUUGUACGACAUCGCCAACGGAGGCCUUGACUGGGACCAGAGACUGGUGGCUGAGUUCUGCACAAUGCUACAUGGAAAGCAAGUCAACGCCAAAAUCGAGUGCUUCAACUCCUACGAGCGCUUGUACUUUGUCACUUUGUUCGCAGAAGAUGGCACGAACCUCAACCACCACUUUAAGACGCGGUCUCAGAACCCUACAGUAACAAUGCCCGGAUUGACAGUACCAUUGGCAGAUGACGAGAAGAAAGUUCCUUCAGAACAAACCCUACAGAGCGACUCCUAUGUCUCCAAGUUCCCACCGGUGGAGCUAAAGACUAGCAAAUUCUACGAUGCGGAGGUUGUGUUUGUCAUCGACCCUUUCAGUUUCUGGGUCCGGCUUAAAAUGUAUGCGGCAGAACAUAAGGAAAUGGUAGACGGAAUGACAACGUUGUAUUCACAGGCUUCAAAAUUAGAGGGAAUUAUAGCUGCCCCCAAACCGGGACAACUGUGCUGCGCAAGGUACGAAGAUCUGUACUGCCGUGCCGAAGUUAUAUCACUUGAUGAAAGGAAGCAGGUAAAAGUGUACUUUUUGGAUGAUGGGAUAUUGGAGACGGUGGACUGGUACAAUGUCAAGGAACUGCCCACAAAGUUUACUAAACUUCAAGCAUUGGCUGUUAAAUGCUGCAUUGCCGAUACCUAUCCUCUAGAAGACACCUGGAGUCAGGAAGCCAUCCGAGCCUUUAAGAUUGUGGUCACCGAUAGACAUCUAGUCAUUCACGUGAUAUUAAAAGAUGCCGACGAGUAUACCAUAGACAUCCAAGACCAGUCCAGAAUUGAAGAGAGAUGCAUAGGAAAAAUCCUAGCUAAUGCAGGACUUGCAAGGUUUGAGGAACUUGAUUCUGUCGAUGGGCAAUCCAAUAGUGAAAAAAUUGGGAUCAUUGAGUCCUCUAAGGCUGUAUUGAAGCCGUCUGCUGCAGAUUACAAACCUAAGAUUGAGAAGGAGACCGCUGCUUCAUAUCCCUGUGAAGAGAAUACAGAGACUUUGCAGUUUUCUCCCUUCGAAGAUCAGUUAUUUGAACCUGGCACAACCAUUGAAGUAGUCGUGUCGUACAUAGAGAACCCCGGGUUAUUCUGGUGCCAAAAUGCCAGGUCUAGAGCAGACCUUUGCACCGUGAUGGAUGCCAUACAGAAGCAGUGCAUGUCCACAAAUUCUCUGUAUACCAGCGAUACUCUUGCUUGCCUAGCAAAAAGCCCCAAGGAUGAUGUAUGGUAUAGAGCGUUUAUCAAUGAGAUUCCAGUAAACAUCUCAAAAACAACAACUGUUGAAGUCUUAUAUGUGGACUAUGGGAUCCGUGAAACUGUCCCACUUACCAAUCUCCGUGCCUUAAACAGUGAAUUCUUCCACCUAAAGGCUCAGGCUUUUAAGUGCAGUCUCUACAAUAUCAUUACUCCAAAAGGAAACAAUCCCUUCACUUGGGACACUGAAGCUACCAAGGUUUUUUCGCAGUUUGUCCAGAAAGCUUCCAAAUGGACCGAAUUUCACUGUAUAUUUUAUGCCACAGCGUCCCUGGACAAAGAAAUUUUUAAUAUUGUUGACUUGUAUACCCCUUUUGCCAGUGUGUGUGAUGAGCUGGUACAGAGUGGCUAUGCAACCCAUCUUCACCACAAAACCCUGGCAUCGUCUGUGCAGCUUCUAACUUACUACUAUUCAAAGCAUGACCUUAAACUUGGAGAUAAGGAAGAAAUCUACAUCACAUAUGUUGAUUCUCUCUCAUUAUUUUAUCUACAGCUGGCCAGAAGUAGUAAUACCAUAGACAGGAUUUCGGCCACUAUUACAAAGGUUUUAGAUAAAACGCCAAAGAAAAUGUUGCUCUCAAACUGUGGAUCUCUGUGUCUGGCAAAAUUCAGCGACCGGCAAUGGUAUCGGGGCAUGAAGUCUGAGAACAGGAGUAACGAAAUAUUCUUUGUUGACUACGGCAAUACAGAAAAGCUUUCAAAAGAUGACAUUUUACCCAUCAUGUCCUCUGAACACAACAUUUUACUUGUACCAGUGCAAGCAAUCAAAUGUUCUUUAUCUGAUAUUCCAUCUGAUGUUCCAGGGAAAAUUGUAUCCUGGUUUAAAAAUACUGUUCUGGAUAAACCUCUAAAGGCCUUGUUUGUAGCAAAAGAUGCAGAUGGAAAGUUUUCGAUUGACCUCUUUGACGGGGAGCAAAAGAUUAACGAAACCCUCAAAAGCAAGUUGGGUCUGAGGGUCCUGAAAGAAAAAUCUGAUAAUCCGCAACCUGCUCAUCCAAGAUCUGCCAAACAGGAGGAUUUGAGAAAACCUCCUGAUAAUGCAAGCAGCCAAGAAAAAAAGAUUUCUUUCACAGUAGAAACAAGUUUCAAGAGCAGAGACUUUGAAGUCCGUAGUCAUUCAGUAACGAGAGAUUCUGAAGUCUGUAGUCAUUCAGUUACGAGAGGCCCUGAUAGCCGCAAUCGUUCAGUAACUAGAGAUUCUGAUGUCCGCAGUCAUAUAGUCACUAGAGACUUUGAUAGCCGCAAUCAUUCAGUUACGAGAGAUUAUGAUGUCCGCAGUAAUUCAGUUACAAGAGGCCCUGAUAGCCGCAAUCGGUCAGUUACUAGAGAUUCUGAUGUCCGCAGUCAUUCAAUUACGAGUGGCCCUGAUGGCCGCAAUCAUUCAGUUACUAGAGAUUCUGAUGUCCGCAGUCAUUCAGUUACGAGAGGCCCUGAUAGUCGCAUUAAUUCAGUUACUAGAGACUAUGAUAGCCGCAGUCAUUCAGUUACCAGAGGCCCUGAAAGCCGCAAUCUUUCAGUUACUAGAGACUCUGAUAGCCACAGUCAUUUACUUACAAGAGGCUCUGAUACCCGCAGUCAUUUAGUAAUUGCUCAAGAACCUGAGAGAAUGUCCAAAAAAAAUCCAACCUUUCCUUAUAAAACAGAAAGCAAAGACUACAAUUCUCGCUAUCAAGAGUCUAGUUUCCAAAGAAAGACUGAAACCAUCCAAAGAUUUCCAACCAGUGAUUCUUGUCAAGGAAACUUUGGUGGACGAGAUGUCAAACAAGGUGGAAACAAGUCCUUCCCACAAAGACAAUCCUCUAUAUUAGCAAUUGAACGCCCGUCUCCUGCCAAACCCCCUGUGGUGGUUACCUUAAGUGAUGUUCCCCAGAGAAAAAUCUUCUGUGGGAUGAAGAAAGCAGUGUACGUUUCGCAUAUAAACUCAGUUUUUGACUUUUAUGUGCAGGUUGCUGAAGACAGCAAACUAGAUGAGAUGUCAGAAAUUCUGAACAAGAAGGGUUCACUUGAAGAGCUUCGCGACCAAGACAUCCAUCCGGGUAACGUCAUUUGUGCUUAUUUCCCUGACGAUGGUCUAUAUUAUCGGGGAGUCGUUACUGGAAAGAGCAGGCAAGGUUUAUGUGUCCAGUACAUCGAUUAUGGAAACACUUCGGUCAUCUCCGACUGUAAAAACUACAGUCUCCCUCAAAAGUGUUGCUCUGUUCCUGUUAUGAGUAUCUUUUGCUCAUUGGAGAAACCUAAGAAUGCCUUAUCUGCACCCAGCCUGCAGGAGGUGUUGGCUAAGUUUUCUGAACGUACAAGUGACACUCACCUCGAUUGUGAGUUUCAGAAACAAGACGGUCAAAAGUGGGAGGUAAUUCUUAAAGAUGAGCUGGGGUGCCUCAAUGACCUGCUGAACGCACCCGAAGAACCUGUCAAGGAGGAAAAAAUAAUGAAGGUUGUCAAGGAGGUGGAAGCUCCAUCUGUCAAUGCCUUCAACUGGAAUUUACCCCAACCGGGUGCCACCGUAAAAGUCUAUGCCAGCGCCGUAGAUGGGCCCGAGUGUUUCUGGUGUCAACUAUCAACGGCAGAUAUGGACUCUCUAGCAUCACAAGUCCAAGAGGCCGGAGAAAAGUCUGUCAGAAGCAAUGAUUUUAUAGCUUCCCUUCGCGUUGGCAGUCCUUGCAAUGUCAUCUUCAGUGAGGAUAACAACUGGUACAGGGCCAUGGUUACCAAAAUGGAGUCUGAUGUGGUGACCGUGAGGUUUAUCGACUACGGUAAUGAGGACUCUGUUGGGCAAGACCAAAUUCGGCAACUUCCUGAACCCUUAGUAAAAAUUUCUCCUCAAGCAUUUUCAUGCUGCUUGGCGGAUUUUGACAUGAAAGCAGAAACCUGGACCUCAGAAGGCAGAAACUACUUCUAUGAGAAAGUAAAUGAAGACAUGCUGGAAUUGACCAUUCAUGAAAUACAAGAACCAGACGAGAGCUAUAUACCGGUGGCACGUGUCACCAUUAAGUGUAAUGGGCUGGAUAUACGUGAGGACGUGAGACAGUUCCUGCAAGGAGUGAAGAGCGAGGGCUUAGAAGUGCCAGACGGGUCCAUAAACUUAACUCCUAUAGAUGAAAACCAGGCUGUGGAAACAGAUCAACCUCAAGUGUGUGAAGAGUUAUGUACCACAGAUGUAAGAGCGUAUGAGCCUGAAGAGAGUGCCCUAGAAGGCCAGUAUGAUGAAGACUGCCCCCUACAGGAAGAUGUGAUAGAAGAUCAAGCCUGUUCCCGUCUUAAUGAAGAGCAAGAAAGUGACACAGAUGGGGUUAAAGAAGCCGUGAACUUGCAUCAUAAAGCACAUAAUGGCCCGGCUGUGGAAGACUUGAGUCACGUAGCUUUAAAGGAUCAAGUUCCGCAAGAUGAAUUUGAGGCUACAGAAGAGAUUAAAAUAGCAAUUGUACCCGGAGUAUCUGAGGAUGUCCCAGAGUUUGAAGAGUUUGAGGAUUGCACAGAAGGCCCGUAUGAAGAGAACAAUGACCCGACAGAUGAUGUGUCUUCGAAUCAUCUUGAACAAGGUAAUGUGUAA